AGAAUAACAAACAUGGCAGACAAAGCGGAAAAAAUUGCUGCGGCUCGAAAAAAGCUUAAGCAAUACCAAUCCAAGCAGAAGCAAGACUCGGUAAUCAAAAGCGACACAAACUCUGCAAGAGAAACCCCCGUUCCGGUUUCUGCCAGUAGCUGUGAGCCACAUCUCCCACAAGUUAAUGACGAUCGGAAUCAGAACCACUUGACUCCCGUAGUACCGGAAUCUCCGGUUUUGCAACCCUCAUCACAUUCCGGCGUGGCUAGUUAUUUCAACAACAAUAACAAUGGUCAGGCUAUACCGGAUUUCUUCGCCAUGGAACCACAGUUGGCUCAAGUUGCAGAUGCGCCGGUCAUGGAAGCCAGUGUGCACAACAUUAAUCGGAUGUCGGACGAAAUUGGACAACUGAUUGCUAACGCAAGUGCCGAUCUGGGCCCGCAGAAUACUAUUCUGGAGUUGGAAUCGGAGAAAGCUGAUCUUGCCAGGGCUCUGAAUGCUCAGAAGCUGGAAAACGACGAGCUUCGUUUGAGACACCGCAACAAUCAGUCGGCGAUGGAGGAGCUUAAAAAUGAAAUCGAUAAAUUGAGGCUGGAAAAUAGCACUAAGGUGACCAGCGAGAUGGGUCCAAUCCAAGAGCAGUUACAGAUGCAAAUUCAAGCAGUCGGAAUACUAGUCGGGGAGAAAGCAGAUUUGACUGCAACGGUUAGUAAGUAUCAGAGUCUGGUUAAACAGAAGACAACCGAAAAUGAUGAACUACAAAAUCGGCUGAAGGCAUCGCGAGGGACUGUGCAGAAGUUGGAGAAAGAAUUGGAAGCCAUGAAGCAAUCUGGCAAUCGUUUCGGAGAACUAGAACGUACAAUUAAAGUGCAGUUGAACGAGUAUCAGAAUGAAGCUAACAAGUUCCGUAAGCUGUACGAAGAUUUGCAGGAAGAUUUGGGUGAACUCAAGCACAAGUUGAACGUACGGAAUCAGGAGUUCCAGUCACUGCAAAAAGAGUUGGAGCAAACGCGAUCCGAUCUAAGUUUAUCUAAACUACGAAUCGAUCAGCUGUCCUCGGAUGACGACAUGGAUUUUAACAUGAAGAUCGAAUCACUUAGCCAGCAGAAUCUUAUCAAGGCUCAGCAGAUCAAAGAUCUGCAGGAGAUCAUCAAACAGAUCGGAAACGAGCGAGAUCAGAGCAACCAGCAGUAUCAGAACUAUGUUCUACAUCUCAACAAAGAAGUGGCAAAUUUAGCCGAAAAAAUUCAAGAGUUGACCGAAGAAAAUAAUCGACUCUCAUCGCGUGAGGAUAAUUUGGUUCGACAUGUCGGUGAACUGGAACGGCAAAUUCAGCAACAGAUGACAAAGCAAAAGACGUAUGCUGCUCAACAGCACGACAUCGGAGAAUUUGAAGAACAACGUAAAGUACUCGAGACAGAGAUGCAACUGCUGAAGGAGAAGAUCGCUAGUAUGGAAGCCCAACGUGUUGAGUUUGUGCAGCAAAACGAAUCUGUGGAGCAGAUGAAACAAAUGUACGAAGCCAAAUUGAAACAAAGUGACGAACGAGUAGCGGAACUUCAACUGACGGUGGAGAGAUUACAAUUGGACAAGCCUGAUAUUGCUAAACUUAUGUCGGAGUUGGAGAGUGGUAAAGUAGGAGCAUCGCGCGCCGUAGCUCAAAAUAUGGACUUGAAGGCUCAACUGGAGGAAAUGCAAAAGGCUUUUGUGCAAAUCAGUAACGACAAGUUGGAAUUGACUGAGAAACUACAGACAGAAAUGCAUCUGGGCAAGGAGAUGAAAGCCACGUAUGGUCAACUGGAAACGGAGCUAAGCUCUAUUCGCGAGAAGCUGCACUACAAGGAUGAGGAAAUGAUUCGGCUUGCGCACGAAACAACUGAACUCAACAAGCAAAUCUAUCAGCAGAAUCAAGAAAUCGAUCGGUUGCGGUACUACGAAUCUAGAGCCAAUGAUGGCAAUGUUUUACAGACCGAAUUGCAGCGAGCGCAAGAACAAAUUCAGCUCUUGCGAAAAACUGGUUCUCCUGUGGGACACAAUUGCAGCCAUGACAAUGGAAUAGACGACCACAAACAUGCUCAUGGACAUGGUCAUGAUCAUGGACAUGAAAAUGAUCAUGCACAUGACCACGGAAAUGGUCAGAAUCAUGAUCAUGAAAAUGGGCACGGUCACGACCACGGUCAACAUGAUCUGCACCGUGAAAUCGAUAUUUUGAAGCAAGAAAAGGAUGAAUUGAUCAAGGUGAUUAAUUUUUUCCAGAGCAGGGCCAAAUCAAGCCCGAGCCAUCUUCAGAAUGCAGAGCAUUCCACCGAUCAAUUUGAUGCCGUUAGUGACAAUGUUUCCAGUGUCAGUCUGCCAACGCACGAAGCCAUGGAGAAGCUGCAGGAACGUUUCAAACGAACCAUGCUCGAAGUGGCCGAACUGUCAGACGAGAAGCAACGACUGGAGCACCUGGUAAUGCAAUUACAGGGAGAAACUGAAACCAUUGGGGAAUACAUCACACUCUACCAGCAGCAACGACGACUGCUCAAGCAGAAGGAUAUGGAGCGAGAUCUUCAGCUGCAGCAGUUGGCAAACGACCGUGAAGUUAUGAGACUCAAACUUAAAGAACUCAACUAUUUAGUUCACCAGUUAGUUUUGGAAAAAGGUGCAAAAAAUUCGACCUCCAAUGUAUCACCGCUGGCGGAUCCAUACCAUCCCCACGUUGCGCCACCCAUUGUCGAUUUACCGGCGAGUCCCCCCUCCGCCGAAAUUGAAAACGGACAUAACAGCGAGACAAAAGUGCACAUACGGCCAACUGAGACAGCCGGCAGGAUUCUUUCUCUUCUGACCGAUAUCAAAGAAGCAAACAUCCCCUACGGAACCGGAGUGCAACACUGUUCCUGCUGCUCUGGUCGUCUGGAGACGGUUUAGUAGCGAUGUCUGUACAUGCAAAUAUGCAAUGAGUGAAGGCGGAUCGUUUUAACGGAACGCUAAAUUCAAAAUUAGGCGAAAUAUUACAGGUUCGUCUUUGUAUGUUGUGGUACUGAUCUAUUAUUCUUUUAUUAUCAAAGCAGAUCCGCUAAUAAUAUUAUGUGACACGCAUCUGUAAUACUACUAGUUGAACAGUUUCCUUUACGCAAAGUGCUUUGUAGUGUAACUGUAGUUUAUUUUUUAUAUAAGAAUAAAUUUUAUUUCCACGAAGUCUUAAACUGACAUUCAA